AUGGGGAGCCAGAACCUUCACACCCUCAAGACCUCUUUCAACUCAUUCGGUGCCCUGCGGCAUCGCUCGGUCAAGCAGCCGAGGUUCGCUGCGAUGGCACAACUUUCAGAGAGCCAGCUUGCCACUAUCGAAGGCUACCCAAUCGAUGAUGCGCUCGACUCAUUCCGAAGUGCAUUCGAAUCAACUCAUCCUCGCACAAGUACCCGAGGUGGAUUAGACCAUUUCCAGCAGUUGGUCAUGCAGCCGGCAAGGAAGAGCCUUGUCCUGAAACUCAUAGGUGCUCUCCAGCUACUUCCUGCUGCUGCCCAACUCACUUCCGUCGAUGGAAGCCUCUUGGGUAGCGCUUUAUACCACCUGUACGCACGGCUGUUGUCAAACGAAACGGAUAUCAAGCACACCGCUCAGCUUGUGAGAGACGUUGUAGCUGGGGAGGACGAUCCGACAAUAUGGACGACUGUGUACGACCUCGUCCGCCAGACGCAACCCCAAGCUUCGAUCAUCACUCCGACAUCUCCCCUUCUAACCGCGCAGCCGGUGACGCCUCCCAAAUCCGCCGCAUCCGCCACCCAUUCAAUCAAGCAGACCCCGAACACGCGCGCCACAAGCAGCAUUAUCGACUCCUCGGAACACAGGAAAUACUUUGACGAUGUGCUCAAGGCUGAGCUGGAUGGUGCCUUAUUCGUCGGGGUGCCGAACUUCUUCGAGACGCUCUUCGGGAAAGUUGCAAGCCUCCAGCAGACGGCUGAUACGGUCUUUCAAAAAUGUAGGAAGGGAAAAAAUGCGCUGUACACGACAGACCGUGGCUGGAGUGGUUGGCCGGAGAGCCCGACGCAGAACAACGUGGUGGGGUGGUUUACAGGGCUGGUAGACCAGCUGAAAACACUCGCGGAAAAACACUGUUCAGCCCGCAACAUCCAACGCGGAACACUGGCGCGGCCGGACUUGCCUUUGGAAGGAUCCGUAGCAGAAAGAAAGAUGGAUCUCAGUUUCGCGGAUACCGCAGCGUGCGGACGGCCUUGCUGGUCCCAGAUUCUCGUCGUGGGAGAGCUGAAGAGCAACAAGAAUCUGGACAGGAGCUCGGGAACCUGGCGCGACCUCGCCAGAUACGCGAGAGAGGUCUUCGCUGCCCAGGACACCCGGCGCUUCGUCUUUGGCUUCACGCUGUGUGGGUCCAUCAUGCGGCUGUGGGAAUUCGACCGACUCGGGGGUGUCGCGUCGGAGCAAUUUGACAUCAACAACGACGGCCUGCGAUUUGUCUCGGUGAUCAUCGGGUACCUCAUGAUGGACAAAGAGCAGCUCGGAUUUGAUCCGACCAUCCAGGAAGCAAACGGCGAGCGGUGGAUCGAAAUCAAGCGCAACAACAAGACGGAGCGCCUGGUUCUAGACGAAGUCAUCAAGCGGCCCUCGGGCGUUGCCAGCCGGGGGACGGUCUGCUGGAAGGCGUAUCGCCAAGGGGACAAGUCACGGAGGCCGUAUGUAAUCAAAGAUUCGUGGCAGUAUCCCGAGCGCGACGAAGAGGGUGUGUUGUUAGAGAAGGCAACGAAGAAAAAGGUCAUCAAUGUGGCGAGGCACUAUCACCACGAGACAGUCCACGUGGCCGGCGUGGAGGACGAUGUCUACAGCAGCAUCCGCAAAGGGCUGGACGUUGCGGGGGCGAGCAAUUACCGGCCGAGCGACUCCAUGCCACCUCCGAGCACGUCCGGGACCGUGCGAAGCACCCGCAGCACCAGCUCAGCGGGGCAAAAGAGGCCAUCCAGCGACAUCGGCGCAUCAGAGCGGGUCAAGAAACGGAUCUGCACCGAUUCACAGCAAAUAGUAAGAGGCAAGCUCCCGAAGAACCGUGUACAUCGUCGUGUGAUCGUCCGUGACUAUGGAAAGCCUAUCUACAAGGCGAGUUCUCGAGCCGCCCUGCUCACUGCGAUGGGGGGAUGCAUCGAGGGGCACCGGUCCCUGCACGAGGCUGGCAUGCUCCAGCGCGAUAUCUCAGCGAACAACCUCAUGGUCAACGAGGAAAGUAGCAACCCAUCCUGGAAAGCGUUUUUGAUUGAUCUCGAUCUCGCGAUCGAUGAGGAGAGGGAGGCUGCUUCGGGAGCCCAGGGCAAGACCGGCACGCUGGCGUUCAUGGCAAUCGGAGUGCUGCUAGGGGAGAAACACUCGUUUAUGCACGAUCUCGAGUCAUUCUUCUGGGUUCUCUUCUGGAUUUGUAUCCACUACGAAGGGCCGGGUAAGGGGAGAGUGGUGGAGCGGUUUGACAAGUGGAACUACAUGAACACAGAAGAGCUUGCGGGGGAUCACUUCACUGAGUAUUAUCGACCAUUCGUACCUUGGAUCGAACAGUUGCGGAAGGCGGUCUUCCCGAACGGCGGAAAAUGGAAACAGAAAGAGCCGAAGCUGUAUUCACAAUUCCCGUCUGAGCUCGAAUGCCAGUUCCUGACGAGAUCGAUAACCCCACCGUGA